UCAAUUUAAUUACAUGAUGUUUAUCUUACGUUUUUAAAUAUGUUUUUAUUUAUAAGCUUCAAUAAUAUUUUCUUAUGCAUGAUACAUAAUAUUUGGACACAAAUAUUUAAAAUGUAAAGUCUUAACAUAAAUCCAUUUUGUGUCAGUUUUAUCUUUUCUUAAUUAUGUAUAAUUAUAUGUACUUCAUUUUAUUAAUCUCCUCACAUUAUGUUUCACCAUGUCUUUCAAGUUUUCUUUCAGUUAAAGAAAAAAUGUAUAUGGAUAUUAAGGCAGAUAACCCUUGUUUUCUCAGAUUAAAUGGUACAAAUAAAGUUGGAUGUACAUCUUCUAGGUUUGGAAACGUUGGUACAUUACAUUUAAUAUCUAAUUUAACUGAUUUAAAUUGGUUGCUUAAUUAUGGAGUAUUUUCUCCUUAUAUUAUUGCAUUAACUCCAAAAAUGUUCAAUAGAGAUACUUUAAAAAAAAUUGAAUUGAGUGAUCAAAAGAUCAAUGGUGUACUUUUGUUAAUAAAUGGCACAUAUGACAAAGUUAUUGCUAAUGAUAAGUUACAAAUGAUGGGAUUUAGUCCAGAAGAUAUUUGUCCUAAUCGUGUAUCGUCUAGUACUCAUUGCCCUUCAACACUUCCUUGGAAUCCAUUUGGCUCUGGUAUAUUGUUAGAAGGAUGGGAUUUUCCCAUAUUUGUUAUAAAUGACAUAGAAACUAUAAAAGAAAUUCAAAAUUGUUUUCAAAACUAUAACCUACCUUCAAAAGAUCAAAGUGGGGGAUCCUUAUGUUCUUUAGAAUUAAAAUCACAUAUGUAUGCUGCUGUUGAUUCAAAAACUUGUAUGAGACGUACUCUUUUAUCAUAUCAAAACAUAAGACCAAUAAAAUUUUGUGAUCCAUUGGGUGAUAAGAAUAUACAUUGGACUUUAAAAGAAUUUGAACCUAAUGUUUUAAAUAAUUCUUUGGCUGUUAUUGCAGUUCGUUUAGAUGCCACUUCAAUGUUUCAAGGUUUAGCCCCUGGAGCAUUAUCUACGGCUACAUCAAUAGUAACACUAUUAGCUACAGCAAAAUUUAUUUCUGAAAUUCUUCCUUAUAAUAUUUCCAAAAAUUAUUCUAAAAAUGUUAUGUUUAUACUAUUCAAUGGAGAGGCUUAUGAUUACAUUGGGUCAAGUAGAGUUUUAUAUGAUAUGUCCAAAAAUGAAUUCCCAAAUGAUUUGAUUAAACUUCAGAUGCAUCAUAUUGAUCUUUAUAUUGAACUAUCUCAAUUACACUAUGAUAAAGAAAUAGUAUUUCAUCGUUUAACAAAAUACAAUGCUAGUGACAGUAUUUAUAACUUUAUGGAUGAUUUUGAAAAUGUUCUGAGUAGCAAAGGGUUUAAGGUUCUAAAAUCAGGUAAUUCUGCUAUACCACCUGCAUCUAUUCAUUCAUUUUUAAAAGUUAAUCCUCAAUUUCCUGGUUUGGUAUUAGCUGGUUAUAGAGAUCAAUAUAAAAAUUUAUUUUAUCAUAGUAUUAUGGAUGAUUCUGAUAAUAUAAAUUAUUCUAACGCAGAAAUUUCAAAUACUUUAGCUAAUAUAUCAGAAUCACUUGGUACUUACCUCUAUAAGUUUGUAACAAAUACUACUUAUAAUGGUAAUGCACAUGUACAUUCAGAAUAUAUAAAAGAAUUACUAUAUUGCUACACAAAAUCUAUUAAUUGUACAGAAUUUCAAUCAUUAACUUCUCCAAUAUCUUUGGCUGAUACUCCUCCAAAUUAUUAUAUUAGCGUAGACUUAUUUACUAAUCCUAUAACUAGUUUAACUAGAUUAUUACUUUCUUCUUUUGGGAGUUUAAAAAUCGAUAAUGUUUUUAAUGAAGAAGACUGCAAUACUUAUACAUCUAAACAGGGAUUUUCAUCAAUUUGGUUAAGAGGAAAAUAUAACGCUUGUUAUUUAACUACUUCUAAUUAUAGUGAAGCUGUAAGUCCAGCAUUCAUUAUUUCAGAUUAUGAUUUAUCAUCACAUGAAUUUUCAACAUGGACAGAGUCAGUAUGGCAUGAAGUACAAAUCCGCAUGUUUUUAAAACAAUCAUUCCAAAUGCAGAUUGUAAUAUUAGUUUUGGGGAUUUCCAUAUUUUUGAUAUCUUUUAUAAUUAUUCAUCGAGUAAAUUCUCAAUCAGACUCUUAUUUUUAUUACCAAGAAUCCAGUUCAGUAACCAGCUGUUGAUCCUAUGAUUACAACCAAUACUACUACAAUUAACUGUGAUUAAUUUAUAUUCAACAUUUGAAAUUUACUAAAUAAAUUAGCUAUUAACCUUAUUACUAAUGUAAAAUAUAAAAGUAAUUUUUAAAAAUAACAAUCAAUUUUUUUUAAAUAUAAUAAAUUCAUUUAUUUAUCAGCCAGUACAAA